CGUUGCUAUAGAAACAAGGGACACGCUACCCGUGAGAAGAUAAAGGCAGUUUACAAAAAUCCACACAGUACGACAUUUAUCCUGAACAAACUCUUUGUCUACUUGAAGUUUGUUAACCUCAGGACAUAUGUUAUGCCUCUUCCGGAGAGAAUAUACUGCGCCCAGCAGAUCAACAUCCCGCCCGAGCUGCCUGACAUCCUCAAACAGUUCACUAAAGCUGCUAUUAGGACACAGCCGCCAGAUGUGCUGCAGUGGUCUGCUGCCUACUUCACAGCGCUAUCAGAAGGUGAACCUCUUCCAGUCAAAGACAGGCUGGAAAUAGCUGGAAAAACACAGAAGACAGACAAUGGGCUCAGUCCAGGUCUCCUCAAAGUCCUUCAUAAACAGCUUUCAUCCAAGAAGACUGUUGCUAUAGAAGAGUUGGAGCAGAAGUGGAAAAGCCUGUGUCUGCCAGCCGAACAGCUCGACACAUUGCUCUCGCUCGGGGACUUCAGCAUCGACGUCGACUGGAUGCAGUUCUUCGCUCUCGGGUGCAGUGCUUUGGGUGGAACGAUCCUCAGUGCUCUGAAAUUUGCGUGCGAAAUCCUGACCGAGGACCCGGAGGGUGGAGCAGCUCGAAUCCCCUUCGACACAUUCGUCAGCCUGUACACGUACCUAGCUGAGCUGGACGGAGACAUUCCUCAGGACGAGAUAGACAGCUUCCUGUCGAGCCUGCACGAGCCUGUGACACAGCGAGGUGGGAUGGUCCAGCCGACUGAUUUCGCUGACCUCAAUGUGUAGAGGUGCGAGAGAAAAACAGAGGACAGAUGGCUUUCAGAUUCACUCUUCACGCUGGGCUUUAAACGUUUUACAUAACCGCACUAAUGAUGCAGCAGGGUUCAAACAUUAACCCGAUAAAGGCUGGGCAGAUUUUUUUUUUGUGAUGUGGUGUAGUGGUUAGCACUGUCGCCUCACAGCAAGAAGGUUCUGGGUUCGAGCAGCCUUUAAGUUAAUAAGAUAAAAAUAAACACAGCUUGUGAUGUUACCAAGAAACCUCCUCUGUGCUGAAAAUGUCGGAAAAUUGUUACGUGACACUGGAGACUCCUUCUGUAAGUGUUAAAUAAACAUCUCCUUACUUUAAAAAAAAACAACUUCAACAUGUCAAAUAUUUAAAAAAUCGGUACCCUAUGGGUCCAUGUGGCUGCUGCUUAUAAAUAAAAUAGUUUUCUGAUCCCAUGUCCAUACGGUAAAUAUCGCAUAUAUACAUGUUAUCAAUGAUACUCGCCUCAUCUCUUACAAGCAUCACCAAGCCGUGAGCAGCAUCAGGGCUUGGAGUAUUGUGGUGACCGAUUUUGUCGACUGCGUUUUGUUCAAAAUCCAGCACUGUGAACUCGAUCUAUUUUCAAAAUAGUAAGAAAGAAAGCACUUGUUCAUGAAUUGUCUUCGAAGCAUUAUUUAGUACGAAUGAGCACGUUUUGUUUCACAAGUGUCGUGUAAAGACUCAAAAAAUAAAAUUUUAAAAAUUAAAGCGAAUAGCAGAAGUUUGAUAUCGGCUUCUCAAAAUAUAUCUGCCAAAAAGCUAAAUAAAAAAAAAAUUAUGAAACCUUUCAUUUGACCUUUCAGAAGGACCAAACAAAAGCUGUGAUAAUCAAAAGGUAACUUUUCUUAAAAUAAACAUCACUUGAUAUCGAAUCAGUAGCCUUGGCGAACCAUGAGGUGAAUUUUGUUUAUCUUUUUAUUUGCCGAUUAUCUUCCGAUACUACGAAGUUAUAACGAGGUUUCUCUGAUUUCGUUUCUGGUUCUGAUUGGUUCCGAAGUUUAUCAAGAAGUAGAACGGGUAAUCGAACUUGAUCAGGAUAAGUGCUGAUUGGUUACGAAGUUUCGCUAUUGUUACACUUAUAACACAAUAACAUCGUGGCUACUACCUCGUUUCACCUCUAUGAGGCAGUAGACACAAAAAUGUAUUAAUGUGGAGCGUCUGCCGUACGAGUCCCUGUGAAUGAGCUGUUAGUAUAGAAAUGAUAACAAAUUAGAACCAGUGCAUUCAUGCCUGUGAUCUGGAGCUACAUUACUGUCAGAGCUGCUGUUAUAGAAAAUUUAAUCAACACCUUCUCUUCUGACCAAUCAGGAUCCAGUGCUGUGAUGUAAUUGAAGUUACUCACUGCCUCUUGUCUAAGCCACAACAAAUGUACAUUUUUCAUAGCAAUUGUAGUAUGAACUGUGCAGUAAAUUAAUUUGUGAUGGUGUGUUUGGUUUAAAUUACAAAAUAUUAACGUUGAAUGGAUUCUAUAUUUAUUUAAAUAAAGAUUAUUACUGUUGAA